UAUGGCUCUCAGUGUCACUGUGUGUGAUGUGGGAAAAUAGUGUUCAAUUAAGUAGUAUUUCGCCGGAAAUGUUAAUGAUUCUGGAGACUAAGAAUAGGACUGCUCUCUGGACAUUUUUACCAUAUAAAUAAUGGAAAUAAGUAACAAUACAAUUGCCAUCUGUUAAAAAAGAAACCGUUGCAAGAUUUCGUGAGAAAUUAAGCUCAAAUCAUCAUGAAACCCAAACUUGAACUUCCGGGAAAUAAAUGUAGAUAGGAUUAUAGAACGGGAAGUUUAUAGAAUUUGAAAUCAUGAUCCAUUUAACCGGACAAAAUCUAGCUCCGAGGGAAGUCAUUCAAAACAUAUUCUCUCCAAUGGUUGGAGCAAUAAUAUCUCCCCAAGCCGAAGAGUUGUGCCAGAAAAACAAUCUAUCGUUUGUAGAAAUGCUUCAACCAUUCCUUCGCUUGUCAUCUGAUGCACAUUUUCGAGACACGGCUGGAACCAGUGUCUCAAUCAAAGGUCUUCGGAUAAACGUAUGUGAUAUAAAUUGGAGACCUCCACAAACAAUUCUGGCGAAAAAAAUGCUCAACGAUUCCGUGAACUCGGCCGUUGGAGAGAAACUAAAAACUAUCAAACUUGAUGAUGGAGCUAAUUUGGAUAUUCCGGCAUCGGAACCAUGGUUCGAGCAAUGGCGCGAGACAUUUUUGACCGUUCAGUUUCCUUCGGAUCAUGAAUUUACAAGGCACUUGUUAUGUUCACUGAUAGUGGUAUCGAGCAUCGACGUGAAUCCACUCGAAGUGGCUGGACAACUAACGAAAAAGAUCCAGAUGAUGCAGAGUAUUACUCCGCCCCGAUUGCCGAAAUGGUUUUCUACUGAUUCGUUAAAUUGCUACGUGAUGUUGCAUGAUGGAUGCUCUGGUGAUAUCGGAAAGGCUCAGCAAGCAUUUGAAGGAUUGAAAUCAACAUAUGGGGACCAUCAGUGCUUUCUGCUGCAAAUAAACACCCACCAGGGACCCCCAAUGGAAUGCCCUGAUCCUUGGCUUCGUUAUUUGAGAAAGCACCAGCGUUCUGAAGCUGCCUCCACAGAGCUCGACAGUACUCCAAAAACACCACAAGAUAUGGGGUUUGUAACAUCUAUGCCAACAACAGUUCAGACGGCAUCUUUAACUCCGGGGGGUAGCAGUACUGCGUCCGAUUCUUUUCUGGGAUCGGGAAUUGUCAGCGGCGAAGUGAUCACACAUCCGCUUAGUCCGGUUCAGGAAACCGGUGUUGAAAUACAGGAAACAUCCAGUUUAACGUCAAGCAUCGAUAGUUUAUCUCAGCAAACGAUCAAUCCGAAUGUUUGGACAGUUGAAGGUGACGUUGAUAUUGCGCAUGGGACGUUUUUGACCGCAGGUGAUCUUGAAAAUUUGAAGCACUUUGUUCAAGACCUUGCUGUGCGAGCAUUGAUUCCAUACGUUGAAAAAUUGGUUGGAAUCUUAAACGAUUCUAUAUCGAAUAAGAAAGGCGUUAGUCGUUCACUUCUCAGUGCUACAAAACGGUGGUUUGUUACUAAUAAACCAGGAACCAACACAAAUCAAAAUGCGGUUGUUUACACCAAUGAGUCGACUGAGCUGCAAACUCGAAAACUGGGCGAUCUCUAUUUCAUGUUUGGUCACUAUUAUUUGGCAUUUCAAUCAUAUCAUCAAGCGAAGCGUGACUUCAAUGCAGAUUCCGCUUGGCAAUAUUACGCAGGUGCUUUGGAGAUGGCAGCAUUAGCAGCGUUCAUGCAGGGUACAGCAAAUCGGAAAACGUAUGACUACAUGGAGGAAGCAAUCGUAACUUACCUAAGUAGCUGCAAGAUGCCUCAAUUCGCUACUCGUGCAACGCUUCUCUCGAUGGAGUGUCUCAAAGCAGCCAAACUGUAUAAUGAAGCUGCUAAGCAAUUGAUUCGGAUGACCAGUGAAGACUCGGAUCUCCGAUCGGCUGUCCUAUUGGAGCAAGCAGCUUACUGCUAUCUGCUGUCGAAUCCACCGCAGUAUCGAAAAUACGCAUUCCAUUCAGUACUUUCUGGGCAUCGGUAUUCCAAAGCUGGCCAAAGAAAACAUUCCUUCCGAACAUACAAGCAAGCCUACCAGGUUUUUGAGAAUCGUGGUUGGAGUUUGGCGGAGGAUCACAUACAGUAUACUAUAGGACGACAGGCAAUCAAUUUAAAGAAACUGGAUGAGGCUAGCAAUUGUCUGGCUCAUUUGCUUAGACCGUCGAGUCUUCAGAGCGCAGCUCAACAGGCUUUCUUUUUGAAGGACUUUCUUGCUACGCAGAAGGCAUUGCUCACCAAAGGAGAAAUCAACGAUAUCCCAACCAUUUCUCUUCCAAAAAUCGUCCAAUGUAUGACUCGAGUGUUAGUGAUAUCUCCACCACCGGUAGCGAAUCCUCUAUUGAUUCCUGCGAUGAAUAUAACGAUAACUUCUAACUUGAACGAGGAAAAUGUAUGGAAUAAAAUGGAGGAAAUGCUGAUACAGAGCGCUUCGAAAAAAUCAAUCAUGAUCUUCAAAGCAACGAAGUCAUUAUUCACACAAGAAUCGCCAGCUACAGAAAAUCCUCGUAGUGUCAACGGAGAGCCGAUUGAAGUCGCAGUCGUUCUGGAAAAUGCUAUCAAACCACCGAUCGUAUUUGAAUGCAUUCAUAUCCUGUGGGAAUUUCGCACCGAAACUCAAAAAAUAUAUUCAAAUAAGCCUCUAUUCAUGAGGGAUGUAGGAACCGAAGAACGUAAAGAAAUCGACAGCAUUGUGACAACCACCUCGGUCGCUUCCGUUAGUUUCGGAGAGUACGAAUCCAAAACCAUUUCCCUCAAGAUUACACCCAGAUGCAACGGGCAGCUAAGAAUUCUUGGCGUUGUAGGGAAAAUUUCGUCAAACUCCGCCAGUGGCACCACUGAUGCACCGAAUCUUUGGGGAAAGCAGCUUUUUGAAGCGCUCCCGAUACGCACCAAUGCUAAGGAGAAUCGUCCUGUUCAAUUCGAUCGUAGGCUUGAAAUUGAAGUAUUACCCCCCGCCCCAGCGCUUCAUGUCAGCUUUUCCCCAUGUCCGGUGGAAGUGCUCGCUGGUGAAAUUAUUCCUAUUAAAUUUAACAUGACUAAUGCGGGUGUGAACGUACUGAGCGAUAUUUACAUCUGCGUCGAUAACCCUCGCUACGCACUGAUAAAUCCGGAUGAGUCCGAACUUCCACUAUCGAUUCUAAGGGAUCUACGAAACUUGAGCAACGAGAAUUUAGGAAGAGAGAAAGAAGCACGCAAACAGUAUGUCUUCAAGGCGUUCAAAAAUGGUAUCGAUUCCAUUAAUCCAAACGAAACCAAAAUCAGUACGAUUUGGUUACAAGCUCCGUACUCGAAAGGUCUCAAAAAUAUCAAAAUUCUAAUUUACUAUGGGAUGCCGCCAGAAUACCAAAAGUUGAAGUAUCGUUUAGUCCGCCACACGUGGAGUUUCAAUGUUAACGAAUCACUUCUUCUUGACGCCAAUUGCAAUAUAAGUAAUCCGUUAACCAAUGAACUAGGUAUCGAUCUGAACAUGAAAAACUUAAAUCAGGUGCACCAUCCGCUUAUGACAGAAAUUACAAUUCACGAUAUCGUGUUGUACUGUUCAUCGUAUGAAGUGAAUGACAAAAAAAUCAUCUAUAUCAAGAACCCGGGUUAUCAAAAACAUUUCGUUGAGAAUGUAGGAUUGAAAACCAACGGAACACUCAGCCUGAGGUGCAAUUUACAGAAACGUCCCAGUGAUGUAAUGUUCGAAGGAGAUGCUGGCGAAUAUAUAUAUAAUAAACUUUCGACAAUUGUAAUUCGAGCGCCCACUGCAGACAUGAUCAAACGUUUGCCAAACUACAAUUCGAUGGGUAGCUUCUUGAUGAAAACUGAAACCAAAUACAUUCGAGUGUAUGAAAACACAAAUAAUGAAGAGUUCAACCAGAUUAUAUCGACACACGAUCGACAUAUGACACUGUGUGUGAGUUGGAGUGCUCUGAUAAAUGACAAUGGAUCGUCAAGAAUGGCGUACGGACGGCACUUUGUGCAACUAAGGAACUUAUAUGAUUCUAUAUUUUGUCCACCAUCGGAACGGCACCAACAGGUUAUAUUUACGCAUAACGAAAUUGUGUACAACAUCUUCGAUGAUCUUGACAUUCUACUUCCCCGAGACGAUAGCGAGAAAGAUGAAUGGGGUGUUAACAACAGCUUCGUUGCCCAACGAUGUUUCCUGGAAGAGAAUUUAUUACUCGCUAAAGCAUGAAUUUUUAAUUUUUAAUUGGGUACGUUACACUCCUUCAAUUAAGUUAGCCCCCGAGUUUUGCAAUAAUCGACUGUUAACCUAAUCCAAAUAUAUCGUAAAGUGAAAAUAA